GGUUUUGGGUGUAAUCUCAUCGUCGACGAUUUUGUUUUAAAAGAAAGACAAAAUAACAGUAAGUUCAAUCUCGGUCUGUUUUUGGAUCAUUUGAUGAAAAUUUCUCUUUGGCUUUAAGUGCAGCUUUAUUGGACAGAGAGACAAAAAUUGGGACUGGUGAAGGCAAGACAGUUUAUAGCUGAUAUAACAUAAGAGAAUGGAGACAAAGGGGUCGAUGGCCAACAGGCCAGAUAACACCGCGUUCACACAGCAGCGACUUCCAGCCUGGCAGCCCAUUCUGUCCGCUGGCAUCGUCAUCCCCGGCUUCACUUUCAUCGGCCUGGCCUUUAUCGGCAUCGGAGUGGCGCUUUUUGUCACCUCACAGAACAUCAAAGUGCUGGAGAGAGAUUACACAGGCAAUUCAGAUGAUUCAUCCUGUGGCCCGUGUAUCGACCCUGCUAAGAUAGGCUGCAAAUGUGAGGUCAAUUUCAACUUCAGUCAGCUUUUUGAGGGCCCUGUGUUCUUCUACUAUGCACUGAACAAUUACUAUCAGAACUACAGAUCAUACGGCGUGUCUUUAGACCCCAACCAGCUGGUGGGAGACACAAAGUACUUUCUGUCUCCAGAUAGCUCCUGCUCUCCCUAUAAGAAUAACUCCAACGCGGUACCUAUUGUUCCCUGCGGAUCCAUAGCAAACAGCAUGUUCAAUGACUCCUUUACGCUGUACCAGAUUGUCAAUGGGCAGAAGAUACUGGUUCCAUUUGACCGGAAAGGAAUUGCGUGGUGGACGGAUUACAACAUCAAGUACAGCAAUCCUGCUUUUGUCAACGGCUCCUUUGCUAAAGCUUUCGCGGGUACAACACAGCCCAUAAACUGGCCAAAGCCGGUGUACGAGCUGGACCCAAAUGACCAGGCCAAUAAUGGCUUUCUGAACCAGGACUUCCUGGUAUGGAUGAGGCGUGCAGCACUUCCUAACUUCAGGAAGUUGUACGGGCGAAUCACAGGAGGAGAUUUUGCUAAUGGCUUGCCUGCUGGAAACUAUACCUUAGAGAUCAACUACAACUAUCCUGUCAAGAGCUUCGGUGGCACAAAGUCAGUGGUGUUCACCAAUGUUUCCUGGAUGGGAGGAAAGAAUCAGUUCCUCGGCAUUGCCUACCUUGUGAUAGGAUCUCUCUGCGUUGUCAUGGCAGUAGUCAUGCUCAUCGUUUAUGCAAAAUACAAGUUUCCAGAUGACGAUACUGCAUAAUGCGGUUGUAUGUUGUUUUUCUAGUCCUCAGGACUUUCCAGCCAGAUAACAGGGGUUUUUUGUGUGUGUUUUAGUGUCCUUCGUUACAUUGAUCAGUAUGACGGGUCAGUUAGCGUAUCACCUUUAUAUCUGUUCGCUCUGCUCAAACGAAUCAGCUUUAUUCAAGUGCCAUCAUGCUUUUCUCGUCAUCUCAUAGUCAUUAACUAGCCAAGCCAAUUUUAUGACCUAACUCUAGGCAACUCUAUGCCUCUAUAGCCUUCAGGAACUUUAUUACAUCUAUGUAAACAGCAGAACCCUAGCAUUGUCAUUUAUUUUAUGUCUGAGAACAUUUAAUUGGUUUAUCUCUCCUCUUAAACGUCAUUGUAACUGUGCUAUAAUAGUGACGUGCCUCCAACAUGUGACCCCAGUACAUCAUAACGGCUAGCUCCUUAAAGAAAUAACGAAAAUACAGCACCAAGUAUCGCAAUAGAAUAGAAACAGAUUGUCAGGGUGGAGUUUUCAGCCUUCACUGUCUUCAAGUUGGACAAAGAUAGAUAUCAUAGCUGCAGCUCAGUAUAACUUUUAUUCAACCUCUCCACUUUUUGUUUAUAUUUAUGUCCAGAAAGAUGAGUAGUACUCUUGGGCUAAGGUUGCACCAAAGCCUGGAAUCAGUGUCUUUCUCAGGGGAUGCUUGAAAGCUGACACACCUCCUUCACAGAGUAUUUUAAAAAAAUCUUUACAGCCAUAGUUAAAAGCCAACACUCAUUUUUAUAUUUCUGUAUUAUUUAAUUCCAGUUUUACCCCAUAAAUGAGGUUUUUGUGAUGUAUGAGGAUCUGUUACUAGUGUUGUGCUUCAAAAUAAGGGUGUUUGCUUCCUGACUUUGUUGUUAAGCCAUAUUUAAUAAUUACCUGAAACACAUCAUUUAACUGUAUUAUUAGAAACAGUUCUGAUUUAAUUAUAUCUGUUAUAUUACUUUUGUCCUUAGUGGACUUUUCUCAGAGAAACGUUUUACCACCACUUCUCUCUCUUGUAAAAAAAAAAACAGUUAGUAGUGGGUGCAGACUUUUCAGGGAUUGCUGCACUUUUUGUACGCUUUUGUCGUCUCAGGGUGUGUAAAUUGUGGGUAGAUUUUAUAUUUUUUGUAAAUUUGCUGUUUCGGAAACGUAUUGAAAAAGCCAAGUUUUAUUCCAGUGGAACACAACGGUACCUUACUUGUAUUCAUGCCAACUAGUGAUAACAUUAAAGCUGCACCAUUAGAGAAUUUGUGUGCUUAAAAGCUUUAUAUCAUAAUGAUGAUGAGUAAAGAAUCGCUGCAUUUAACCCUAGUCAUUAAACAUUGCUCUGUGAAUUGCAGCUUUAAAGUCAAAAUAUAGGUAUUGACUCAAUUUCUAUUCAACGCUAUGAUCCCAUCUCAAUACUCUGAUCAACAGGCCCUUAUCAACUUGCCCGAGUACCAAGGUUGUUUCAUUACUCUGUUAGCUCAAGUGUUUGUUAGAUGACUCCUUGGCGGUGAUCAAGUCAUCAUCACUGUAGAUAGCAGGAGCAGAGCUUAUAAUUGUAUUCUGACAUGACUUCUUUUCUGGCUCUAAAAAAAAAAAGGCAGACAAAACUGUUUAUAAGUGAAUUCACAAAUUGUAGGUUGUGCUCACAAUUCUUAAAGACGAAAUGCUAGUACAAAAUUUGCUCACUAGCACUUGCUAGGACAGGUUAGGUUGAAAAUGACAAGGUUUUAAAAUAAAUGUAGGUAAUAUUGACCAUGUACACCAUUCUGUAUAAAUAUAACUUGAAGAACACCAAGGAAAUGGCUUCAUACAGGUGUUUUUCUAUUCAGGUUUUCUACAGCAAGAGGCCACGUGUGUGGUGUAGGUGUCUAUGUGGCAUGUUUAAAAGAAUAUACAAGAGUGGGAAGAUGGGAAAAGUUGCAGUGUUUGGGCGUGGUCUACGAAAACCGUUUGAAUGGAUUUUUUUCAGAAAUAUUAAGUGUUCUGCUGUGUUACUGCUAGAGCCAUGUCAGAUAAAGAACCUCUUCCAGUUUAAAACAAAAUGUAAAUAUUUAGUAGAACUAUGAUUUUGAGGAAUUCGUUUUGGAAUAAACAAUUUGAAAUCUGAA